AUUUGACGUUGUUUUUAUUUUUUGAAUGUCAUUUAAAUUUUGGUAAUGGGUAAUAAGGUACAGAGGCAACGCACUACAAGCAAAAUAUUUUCUGCACCCAAAGAGUCGAAAACUUCCGUCUCGGUGACCGUUCCGUCCGUGUGCACAUCUCCAUCUUUUCACCUGUCUCUAAAAAAGUCGGCUUCGGCAACUUCAAGUGAACAGUUCAAUUGGAGUCACAUGCAAAGUGUCUACAUAAGGCAGGAGAAUUUAACUGUUAACGAUUUGACGCCGAUGGUUUUAAAAAUGACAAUGGGUGUAUUUGAAGUGCUAAAACGACAAAUGGGACAAAUGAUUGGCGACCUCGACACUGGAGAGCUGAACAUGCCGGACGAAGUGGCAGAAAAGUGGGGCCUGAUUCGACCUAAGAGUGCUAAGAGUGUUAAGUCAAGCCAGAGUAGAGUAGAACAGGUUGAACACGUGCUACCAACACCAUCUUUAAGAAAAAUGAUCGUCCACUUCGUGAAAAUGUUAUAUCUGCAUGAUUUGAUUUUGAACUCGUUUGGGCAGGGGCUAAUUAACGAAGCCCUUGAACUGGUAAAACAAGUGGCUGUGAGUCACGCACUUUUAGGAAUUACGUGCACAGAAUUCAGGAUGAUGGACUGGUUUAUCACUCACUAUUUAAUAAUAAAUAAGUUAACUAGCGACGAAAAUAUCAACAAUUUUUUGACAUAUCUUAACAUGUUUUCUAACUACAUUACGCUUUUUUAUGAGUCCCAGAGCGUGCGACACCAAAUGAAGAAUCAACUAGUGCGUAUGGGGAAAAAAAAUGACCGAUACAAUAAAGCUAGAGAGAACUUCCGCUUGAUGAAGAAAUGGAAAAAACUAAUCGAAUGCUUCAAAGAACAAGAACACCUCGCUGACACCUUGCUCGCAGAACAAAUACAGCUCAGAAAAAAACAAGAAGACAUACAAAGCAUUGACACUAUCAUACUAAAAGAACAAGACUGCAUUAUGAAACACUUCGUCAAAAAGAAAACCAACGAGCUGGAAACAUCUGAGUUGGCCACCAAAAACGAUUUAAAAAAAAACACUGUCCGCAGUUUCGUAUAAAACCAAAACCCCCACUGGACCAAGCGGCUUUUUAAU